AUGUCUGAAAUCAUCUGUGUUUUCGUUUGUAACAACAUCCUAACUUCCUUACCGAAAGCUUAUUCCAUGAUUCUUAUUUUCCAGGCCGCAUACAGAAGGUCAAGGACCCAGAUGUUUUCUUCGCAGGAAGGUUCGCAGGAAGAGGACGCGGCCGACUUCUCUUUCAAGGAUGGUAACAGGCUGUGCUCUCAUUUUCUGCGGCAGCAAGGUCUCAUCAAGAAAAAGCGAAGAUGGCUGGCCUCGCUGAAUCCCGAAUUAGGUGUCCCCUUCAAACUUAAGCGACCAAAGUUUCUGAAAGUCGUCUACUUGGCUGAAUCGGAUGUCAGGACUGAUGAAGUGUCCAGCGAGAAAGUAAGAUGUAACAUCGAAGAAAGUUUUGGUUUGCAAAGCAAGUGUUACAUUCAUCAUGUAGUUCUGGAUGGUCUUGAGCUUUUUAAGUUGCAAAAACAGAAGGAUGGCUCUCUCUGUCCAGAAAGCUUGAAGACCAUGCACUGUACAAUCAGCAAAUUAAGCAAUGGGGCACUUGAGUCAGUGGCUAAUAUUGUCGCCCACAAUGGGAUUAGUUUCAGGAAGAUUAGGCCUACAAUGAUGAAAAUCGUGAAGGACCACCUUCCAAAAUACUUGGCUGAGUUGGACAGUGAAAGUGGUAUGCGAUUGUCUGAAACUUUAACAAAUCCAUGCAGCUACCGUUCUAAUUCUGUCUGUCUUAGAACACCUGUUUCACCAAUGCUUCUGUCAUCUAUUGACCAAGCUUUAGCUGGGCUGGAUGAAAUUCCCCAGCAAGCUGCUAUUGCAAUCAAUAGAAAGCUCUCAGGAAAAUCAUGCCCCCCAGAAUUUCUGCAUGUAGCUCGAACUUCCAGCAGAAGCCAUCUUAUUAAUUUGAUAAGGAAAAGAUGUGGAAAUAUGAUAGCAAAGCUGCAGGAAGGCAAUGAUCUUCCAGAGAACUUUGCAAAAGCAUUGUCAGUGAUGAACCUAUAUCGGAAACUCACACUAAAGAGCAUGGCUAUUUCACAGUCAGAGUUCUUUCCCUUUCCACGUGCGACUAUAUCAUCGCAGCAAGAUAUCCUGAAUGCUCUAUGGUCACUUCCAAACGUCGAUACUGAUGAUAUGAAGUUGCUGCGUCGCAUUAUGGGCCAAGGUUCUCAAGUGAAGAUGGCAUCAUUCAAAGCAGCUGUGAGGAGGUACUUGACAGAAUGCUUGUUUGAGUGUGAUGAUGGUAAUUUACCGGAUUUGGCAGUACGUGCCAUUGGUUUCUUAGCUCAAAUGUCUCCUAAAUGUCAACAAGCUAUUCUCACUGAAGAGAGAAAGGAAGUGGAAGUAGAUGCUGUCUUGGAUUUAAGCAGUUGCCUCAGAUCUUUGGUACGUGGUGCCACUGAAGAAAACUCGAGCGAUGACGAAGUUAGCUUAGAGAGUGACAGGUGCAGUGAAGAUAAUGAUUUUGUACUCACCACGAGCAACUACUUUGAUAUUCGUUCUGAGCAACGCAUGGAUGAGGGCUGCUGUUCAAAUUUCAUGAUCAAUAGCACUGAAGAUCCUGAGUACACUGCUGGUGCUGGACAUUAUGGAGACAGUGGUGCUGCUGGCAGUACGAUGGAUCCUAGUUCGGAGAAGGACAAUGUGGAGAUGACUAGAUGCUCUGCAGAAGAUCUCUCUGCAUUAUGUGAUGACACUGCAAGUAUUGCACAUGAGCUUAUUGGGCACAUUCUUAAAAACAUGUUGACUGAAGACGAGGGGAUUGAUGAACUUACCGGAUGUUAUCUUGGAGGCAGUUCUAAUUCUCAAGAUCCUCAAGAUCCUGAAGCGGAGAACCAAAAAGGCGACAUUGUGAUAAAUGCUGUCCAGAGUCUCUUACCUAAUCUGCCGAAAAGCUCCAUCGACAAAGUUAGGAGCAUACUGGAUGGUGCGGAGCAGUGA